AUGCCGGAACGACUGACACCGAUUCGUCUACCCAACACUCUCAAUUAUCCAAUUGAAGUUGCAAAAUGUCUAGUACCAGCAGGUACUUACGUGAAAAGGCAUACUCCACUGCUGCUGUACCGGUUUUUCACAAAGGUGAAGCAAGAUCGGGAUGAUGGCACUGAAGAAUACGUGGAUCGUGAAUUUAUUGAGCAGUUUGAAUGUCCCGUGGAAGGAGAAUUAGUUCAGUGGGAAGUAAAUAAUGAUGAACAACUUAACAAUAAUUUAAAAGUAGUAGCAAAACUACAUGAGCCAUGUACUCAUGAAGUCCACUACGGAGGGUUGUGUGCGAUUUGCGGAGAAAAUAUCACCAGCCAAGAUUACAUGGGAUACUCUGACAUGGCAAGAGCAAAUAUCAGUAUGACCCACGAUACCGGCGGUUUGACUGUAAGCUUGGACGAGGCCAAUCGUAUAGAAGAACAAAAUGUGGUCCGGCUGCGUAAUGAACGAAGACUCUCUCUUAUUGUUGAUUUGGAUCAAACGAUUAUCCACGCAACAGUCGAUCCAACUGUUGGAGAGUGGAUGUCCGACCCUUCGAAUGCGAACUAUCAUCUGCUAAAGGAUGUCCGAUCAUUUUAUCUACAGGAAGGUUUUAGGACAUAUUCGUCUCGUUAUUACAUUAAGCUACGACCAGGUUUGCAAGACUUUCUGACACGAAUUAGUAGCAUGUAUGAAUUACAUAUAUAUACUAUGGGUACGAAAGCGUACGCCAAAGAAAUAGCUAAACUUAUUGAUCCUGAAGGAAAAAUAUUUCAGGAUCGUGUUCUGUCCCGUGAUGAUAGCGGAAGUUUAACUCAGAAGAGUCUCCAACGACUAUUUCCUUGUGAUACUAGCAUGGUUGUCAUAAUCGAUGACCGUGGUGACAUCUGGGAUUGGAAUCCGAAUCUCAUUAAAGUCGUACCUUUUGAAUUUUUUGUUGGAAUUGGGGAUAUUAACAGUAAUUUCCUUGCUAAACCCACCCCUCUUCCUGAACAAGAGAAUAAUCCACCUAUUGAGACUUCACAUGAACAGGAGGAAAGUGUAGACGUGAACACCAAUCAAGAUGCUGUCUUGCCUGAUUCUUCUUCUUCAUCACAGACUUCUUCAACAAUUCCAGAACGAACUCUUUUAAAAGAAACUUUUUUGCAAGAUAAGCAAGCUUUGGAGGAACAAAACAAGGAGAGGUUUACUGCUUUACAGUUGCAAAAAUCAGAACGCCCAUUGGCGAAACAGCAAAUUGCAUUAUUUGAGGAGGAUGAGCGUGAUCACUCUUUACUACAUGGAGGGGACAAAGAAUUGCUUCAUUUGGAAAAAGUCCUAACAAGGAUUCAUCGAGUGUAUUACGAUGAAGAAUCAAAAAACGAAAACCGGACGAAAAAAAUACAUGCUAACGUGGAACAAAUCAUUCCUUCUAUGAAAUCCAAAGUCCUAAAAGGCUGUAGGAUUCUCUUCAGUGGAGUUAUCCCACUAGGGAUAGAUGUUUUAAGUAGCGAUAUCGCAAAAUGGGCAAUGACAUUUGGAGCACAAAUUGUCAUAGACUUUGACGAAUCUCCAACACACUUAAUCGCGGCAAAGGUACGUACCGAAAAGGUGAAAACGGCAAUAAACAUUGGCAAUGUUCGAGUUGUCAAACUAAAUUGGCUUACUGAAUCAAUUUCAGCGUGGGAACGUCUUUCGGAGUCGAACUAUUUGCUGUAUCCUAGUUAUGAUCUUCCAGACAGGGCACUAUCUGAUCAUUACUACUCUUCAGAUUCGAAUGAUGAGCAGAGAACAUACGAAAUUAAUGAACGUGAGCUAGACGACAUUGAUUGGAACGAAGCCGAUCGUGAUGUUGAAGAUGCAUUAGGAGAUUUGAGCGAUGGCGAUGAUAAUGAAGAAAAUCCUAUAGAUAUUGGUGAGACAUCAUCACCGGCAGAGAACGAAUUAGACUCGAAAAAACGAAAAAACGAUGAUGAAACCCCUUCCAAACCCGAUGAUGAAAAACGCAAAAAGCUCAAUGAUGCAAAGGGUGUAAAAGAAAGCUCGGAUCAAGAACAGAAAAGCAAUAACGGAAAUGAAUCGGAGGGAUUGGAAGAUCUUGCUGAGUUGAUGGAAGAAGAGCUAUCCAAGAAAGAAAAAUAA